UAAAACACCAAGAAUUAUGCUGUUCUCAGUUAUUAAGGCGUUUUGGGCAGUUUUUACGCUCCUCUAUUUGGCCCAAAUUAUCAACUCAGCUCCUUGCGGAGUGACGUUAGUUACACCAAGAAAAGUCGUGGAAAGAGUUUCCAGGUCUGGUUGGUUACUGGUGCGAGGAAAUUCAUGGGAGGAUUUUAGGAAAAGUUUGAAUAUUCGGCCUCGCCAGAGGAGAAGCAUUGAUCAAAGAAAAUCCCGUCACUGUAAUUGGACUGACGAGCUUGACGAGAACGUAAAUAGAAAGCCAAGAUUUUUACACAAAGCAGUACUAGUGUGCAAAAGUUGCUCUUCGUUUUGCAAGCCCGUGGAGUUUGAUCAUAAGGUACUUGUUAAAGAUUGUAACGCCAGUCUAAGAACUCACAGAGAGAGAAUGGACGUCUGGAAAUGGGAGACAGUGACACUACCAGUGGCGUUUGUGUACAAUCCUUAAAAAAACACCAAAUCGAUGUAGCUACUUUCAAUGUGUCAUCGUGACAUUGGGAAUAUACGACACAAGAUUUGGAUGAAUCUGCAAAGUACCUCAAAGAGAUAAGCUAUAUAAUCUAUAAAUAUGAAAACCACUUAAACGAGUGACGAAAGGAAGGAGAAAAAGAAGGACAUAAACGAACUAAUAUAAAAAAGAAGAUGGAUGUGAACUCCGAAAGUAGUUCAGAAGGAGAGCCUCUGUGUAGACACGCACUUAAAUUCAAUAUGAUGUAAAAGUUAUAAAUAUUUCCUUCUAUCAUAAAGUAGGCAGAUAAAGAA